AUGACGACACAAACUCCAUCCAAUCGCCAAAUCCAGUAUCUCUUCACCGUGGCAUUGGCUUCCCUUCUCAUCCUCGGAACGGCACGAAUCGUUUUAGACAGUCUGAAGAACGGGCAGAGCCCAUUCCUGCAGCUACUGCAUCUGGGCAACAAGCACGAAGUACUGAGAGUGCCAGUGACUAUAAACGACGACGAUGUUGUCGAAGAAGGCUGCAAUGUAUUUGAAGGGAAUUGGGUUUGGGACAACAUAUCCAGCCCGCUAUAUACAGAAGAGAGCUGCCCUUAUUUAGUCAAACAAGUGACUUGCAGCAGAAAUGGGAGACCUGAUUCUCUUUACCAGAAUUGGAGGUGGCAGCCCAAUGCAUGCAACUUGCCAAGGUUUGAUGCUUUGAAGUUGUUGGAGGUAUUGAGAAACAAAAGGCUUAUGUUUGUGGGGGAUUCGAUACAGAGAGGCAUGUUCGACUCAAUGGUCUGCUUGGUACAAUCUGUAAUUCCUGAUGGAAAGAAAUCCUUACAGAGAAUUCCUCCCAGGAAGAUUUUCACAGCCAAGGAGUACAACGCAUCCAUUGAGUACUUCUGGGCUCCGUUCAUAGUUGAGUCUAAUUCGGAUAAUGCAACAAAUCACACCGUAGUAAAGAGGGUAGUCAACCUCGACUCCAUAUCUAAACACGGCAAACAGUGGGAUGGUGUCGACAUUUUGGUAUUCGAGAGCUACAUAUGGUGGAUGUAUAAGCCUUUGAUCAAUGCAACAUUCGGAUCUCCUUACAAUGUCCUGGAGUACAAAGUGGCAACAGCAUACAGACUGGCACUAGAAACAUGGGCAAACUGGAUAGAAACAAACAUCAACCCUCGUAAUCAGGAGGUCUACUUCAUGAGCAUGUCUCCAACACAUCUAUGGAGCUGGGAAUGGAAGCGCAGAAGCGAAGGAAACUGCUUCAAUGAGUCGCACCCAAUCCAUGGUUCAUACUGGGGAACGGGUUCCAAACUUGAAAUCAUGGAGAUAGUACGAGAUGCCUUAGAAAAGGUAAAACUAGACGUGACAUUACUAAAUAUCACCCAACUGUCGGAAUACCGGAAAGACGGCCAUACGUCAGUCUAUGGUGAGAGAAAGGGUAAGCUAUUGACAAGAGAACAGAGAUCAGACCCCAAAAAUUUUGCUGAUUGCAUUCACUGGUGUCUUCCAGGAGUCCCUGAUACUUGGAAUGAGAUUUUGUAUGCACAUCUACUAAAGAACUAUCGAUCAAAAAGGAAUAAACUUAGUCCUCCUCCUUUCUAAUACGUAUCUGUAUAACCUUGUCUUUUUACCCCUUGCAAUGCAACCCAAUUCAGUACAAUCAACCACAAUUACAAAUGAAAAUCAGAUACCUCACAAAUCGGAAUGAGAUUAAAAACUCUAAGUUGGAAAGAGAUCAACAGUAACGCAAAGGGAGAAAUCACACAUGCAGACUCUAAGUUGGAAAGAGAUCAACACUAAUGCAAAGGGAGAAAUCAUUCACAUGCAGGUGGGGUGCCAACCGCAAAUUUCCAUGGUUGUAUUCUCUAUUGAUGAUUAUAUACCAUGAUUGGUGCUUUUCAAAUCGUACUAUAACAUAUUCCUUUUCAAUCCACUUGGAUGCAAAGAAGACAAUACGAAAAACAGGGAAAAGGAAAGUCACAAAGUAUACAUCCACUCUAGUCUCAUGCUAUAGUGGAUGCCUUUGCUGCAAAAUCUUAUACACUGUGUUUUCCUUCUAGACGUGGAACUUGCUGCCAGAAAAUUUAUUUCAAAGCAAACUACACAGCGAGGCUUCUCUGAAAGAAUACCAAAGAUGCAGAGAACCAUGCAGGAUGUUUUGGAACACAACAAAGCAUAUAUCAGAGCAGCAAAAUCAAAA